AUGGCUGGCACGUUAAGACCUGACGCUGAGUUCCAAAGAUUCAAUACUGCCAAGGAGAAGCUUGGCCACUAUUUUCGCUUCACCACAAGAUCCGCUUUGUUCAACAUUGUGUUCGCCGGCUUGGUUCCAGUAGGCUUGACUAUCAUGGCCUACAAUCAGGAGGGACAAUACCCUUUCGCCAGAGUUUUUAGAAAUGACGUGAUUUUGGACCAAGAAUAUGUUCCAAGAAAAAAAGACUUGUAA